UAAAACACUAAAAAACCAAAACUUUCAUUAUCUUGUAGAAGAUAAUAAUCUUGAUUAAUAAUGGCUGUCAAUAAUGAAAAGGAAUUAAUAGAAUUAAAAGAAUUGGAAACUUGUAAAGACAAAUUAACUGAAGAUAAUUUGAUCGAUGCGGAUAAAAGGGAGAGGUUAUUGAAAUCGGAAGACAAUCGGAAUGACGUGGACAAAAGUUCUUCCGAGAUAAUUCACUUCUGUGAUGGAGUUUUGAAGAAGAUCGGUGACGAAAAUUUACACUCCCCCGACACUUCAAAAAUAGACAAUGACGACAGAGAUCAUUUUUACAGGAAGAUAUCCAACGUUGGAAGAACAACUCUCGCUGUCAUUGAUUCUGUGGGUGAGAACUUAGCUGAGCUAUUCGGUUUGAUGCCACCUCUUCUAAAGGAAGAAGAAGAAAGGAUGAAGCAAAAUGAAGAAGCAUCGAAAACGUCAUCCUUAACCAUUUCCAACGGUUCAGAGAAUGAAGAGAGAUGCAAAAGAUCCAUUCCGAAGUGAUAAGAAUAACACAGUUAAUCCAUUCCAAUCCUACUCCUCCUUCCAGCUCUUCCCCAGCAUCCAGAUUUAUGUAGUACCAUUUAUGGCAGCAAACAUAUUAAAUCGGAGGUCGAUCUCAAGAUGGAAAAUCUAUAAAAUUAUCCGGGAAGAAAUUGUUGAAAGAUAAUAGAUACAGGAAAAAGAAGAAGAGAGGGAAGUAAAAAAUAAUAUAUUUAUUUAUUAAAAAGAACUAGUAAUUUGUUCAUUUGUCUUGUUUCUAGUUUCUAAUCUUUCUGACAUUUAAAAAUAAUGUAUAAGCAUUCAUUAAAGACCUCGUUAAUUCUGUUACUUUAGUAAACAAAUUUGUUUGAAAGUCUGACACCCAUUGGACGUUAAGGAAGAAAAAUAUCGAUACUGAGUCGUUAAUAUCGAGCUUUGUAACUAAUAAAAUAUUACGAGACGGUAUUUAAUUUCCUCUUUUCAUACUUGGCAAUUUUCUACAAAAAUUGAAUUGUUUUUUUUUUCCUCUUCUCCUCCUCCUCCUCCUCCUCUUCCACUUCUUUAAUGGAAUUAAUUUAGAUAAUUUUAUCAAAACUUAAUUUUUUUAAUUCAUUUUAGUUUAUAGCUUAUUAUAUUUAUUAUUUUUUUUUCCACUGUAAAAAGAGUUAAGUUUAAUCAUAAUCAAUCUAUCGUUCUUGUUAUAAAAAUGGAUUUAAGAGAAUGUGACGUCAUUUAUGAGUUAGAUUCGAACGUGUUUCGGGUUUUACUUUCCUCUCAGCUCCUAUUUUUUCACUUCUAGUGAUAAAUUUUAAGAUUAAAAAAAAUAUCUUAAAGUGUUAAAAAAGAAAAAUAAGCUUAUUUUUCUUUUUAACACUUUAAAAGUAUCCUUUUCUUUUUUUUUCUUUCUUCCUCUUCUAACUUUAAACUGACUGAAUCGAAGAUAAUAUGUAGCCAGGUAUUAUAUUCAGAAACACGAAAGAACAUUAAGAAAAUUUCUUUUAAAAAGUAAAACCUAAGGUAGGGGGGAGGCAUUCAUUUCGACUAACUGCAAAUUCAUAAAAACAUCAAAAAACUUGCAGAUUUACAGCUGCACUGGCUCACACACAAGCCGUUAAUGGAACAGUCAGGAUGAAGUUUAACUUACUUUACUUCAACUUUUUUCGGUUUUUUUAGGCCCUCCUCUGUAAUUAAUUUGUUAACUUUAACGUUUUAAAGAUUUUUCACUAAAUAUUUAAACUUUUUCGUGUAUAAUUUCCGAUUUAGAAGGGACAAUCUGACUCGUCUUUGAACCCGAAAAAAUUCCAGUUUUUUUCCCCCUUCCUUUAGGGAAACCAUCAAAGGAAACAAUAAAAAAAAUGUAUUUAUUUUAAUUGUUUCCCCUGAAUUCUUGACUGAAUUUUUCCCUUGGUUUAUUGUUUAAUACAAAAUUAACAAGAGAAAUUUUUUGUUUCCAACCAUUUCUUGAUUGUUAGUUUUGUGUUAAACAAUAAUUUUGGUAAGUUAUUUUCAUAAACGUCAUUGUAGAAAAUAUUCUAGAGAAGUGUGUUUAUCCAUUAUCAAAAAAUAAAAAAAAUAAAAAAAAGGGGAGGGAGCAAAAAGUUUCCAACGAACAACACGCGAUCACUUGACAAAAUCCAGACAGUUUUCGUCUUUAUAACGCUUGUAAUCUUGUUAAAUAUUCGAAUAUUAACACUUUUUUAACGUUAAACCUGUUAGGUAAUUAGCGCGAGUUAAUUUUAAUUAAGCUAUAAUAAAUUAGUUAUAAUUUAACCUUCAACAGAGAUGAUUGAUGGUAAACGUUUUUAGCGAUUAGCAUUUAAAUUUUUUCUUCCUUCUCCUCCUCCUCCAUCCAGUUCUGUUUCAGUAAAUUAACAUAUUUUCGGGGUUAGAUACUGUUUAAAAUGAGAGUUAAUUCGCUUCGUAAUUCAAUAAAAAAAUAUCCCCAAAUUCUUCCACUCGCUGAAGCUAGUCUCGAACUUUGACCUUGAACCCUUCUUACGUGACAGUUCGAGGGUCAAAAGCUGAUGAAGUCAUUAACUACCGUGACGCAAGAGCAUCACGACCGGCGUGAUACACUUAAGUUAAUGUCAUCGAGAGGUCAAGAGGUCAUCUUUUUAAAUAGGUGUUUUGGGAAUGAAGAAUGGAAAUAUUAACCCCGUUUCCGGCCGAAGAUAGGGAGGAGAGUUUUAGUUAUAAAUUAAUGCCAGAUUGGGAUAAGUGGAGACACAAAAGAUCUUUUAAAAUAUUUAUAAGAUACCGCUUUUAUAUGAAAAUGGCAUCAUUAGGGGGGCUAAUUAUUGCAGCUUUAGUCAAAAACACUUCUCAGAAUGGGGUAGAGAAGUUUUUUGACGUCAUAUAUUACAUAUCCAAGCUGGGAGAAUGCUUGGAAUUCUCAAAAAUCAACUAGGAAACUAAAGUUUUCCAAUCCUGUAAAGGAAUUCUAUGGCUGUUUGGUAGAAUCUAAUAAAUUUCCAGACAGAUGCCGGAAAUUCAAGUGUGUUGAAGGAACAAAAGAGUGGAGGAGAAGGGGGAAGGGGAAAAAAAGCGCGAGCUCCACUUUAUUCCAUGUAGAUGAGAUGCUGUGGAAACGGAGACGUCAUCUAGAUUAAGUUUCUACGUCCUGUUAAUGAAACGUCCAUUUAAGCAGUAGUUAAUCCGAUGUAAAAUAAGCAGUUAAUAAAAUGCAUAAAUAAUUCUUUUUUCCCGUUUUUUUUUACAAUUAUAAUCUCGAAAAAAAUAACAUUAAUAAUUAUGUUUUAAAACUUCAUUUACUUAAGGGAAUUUUAAAAAAAAAUUAAUAAUAUAAAAAUUCUGGAUUAGUUUUAACGUGUUUUCUUCUUCACUCGAAGAAUUCUCAUUACGUGAAGAAUUUUCCCCAAUUUCAAAGAUAUCAACAGAAAUUCCCUCAAUUCGGGGAUAAUUUUUUUUUCUGUACACGUUUUGAAGAAUGUUAAUUUAGAAAACUUUUCAGAAAUUUCCCGUUAUUAUUGUGGUGUAGGGAAAUUCGCAAAAUUUCCCUGAAAAAUUCCCUUCCUGAUCGUUAUUCGCGUAAUUUCCCUAAAUUUAUAACCUUUUAGGGAAAUAUGCAUAAAACCGAGACAAAUAUUAAAAUAAAAUUGAAAAAAAAUUUUAGUUGUCAGGGAAAUUUCCCCACGUCGGGGAAGAUAGCUAUUAAAAAUUUUUCCCUGUCACUUCUCUUCAGACGUCUAGCCUAUGUCAACACUGUUAAAAAUAUUGACUAAAUUCUCCUGGGAUACAUUCGCCAUCUUGUUUACCUCUCUAUUCAGCAAGGCACAAGUACAGUAUAAAAAGCAAUCCCCGAAAUAUGUUUGAAAAAUGCCCAGAGCCAAAUCUAAAAUACAAACUAGACAAAAGGAUUUUACUAAGAGAUUCGGGUCAAACUUUCGAUUUAGCAAAAUAACCUUCCCCUCUACCUGAUCUGCCUUUGACUAAAUAACGGAAUAAGCGGUUCCCCUUUUUGGCACUGGCUGAUUUGCAUUGCUUCCGGUGCGCCUGCACUUCCUUCCCCCCUGCUUUCUGCCCGGUUUUAGGCAAAUCGCAUCAAUUUGCAUGUCGCUAGAGAGUUUUGUUUUCCUUCUGCAAAUUCGGGUGAAUGUGGCGUAAAAAAGAGAGGGCGCGAGGGGGGGGAUGCCAUACUGCAACGUCUCCUUUAUUAGUAUUCUAGUGUGCGAGCGGUAGAAAACAAUCGGAAAACAAUCUGACGAAAGUAGAGAAUUGCUUUCCCUGCUGUAAUUAUAAUCGAUACGUUAUCUGUACUACAUCUUGCUUCGGAUCUGUGUAUCCAAGUACAGAUGAUAUACGUCUGUAGACACUACUUAUCACUGCUUUUAAGUUACUCGUAUUCAUCGUUACACACUAUAUUAUCAUUCCAUAGAUGUAACUAUAAGUCACAUUUAUUUACACAAGUCACAGAUCUUUAUACCUUUACAGCAAUUAGCAUUUAAAAAAAAAAGGGUGUAAAUUUUAUUUUACUGUUUUUAUGACAAUACUCAAUAUAAACUGUAAUAAAAAAAUCACAAAAUACAUGUCAAUUUUAAUGUAUAAACUACGAUCUAAUUUACACCCUACUUCACUGUAUUACAGCAUCUUUACUUAAUUAUACUGUACUGUACUAGCAUUUCUACCUACUUCUGUAUUGUAUAAAUGAACUGUAUACGAUUUUUACGUCCAGAAGCUAUUUUAUUUUUAGCUAUUCGCUUAUUUUACUCAGUAUCAUUCAUGAUGCUACGUAACACAAGCGGAAUUACUAAAAAUAAACACAUAUUUGACCUUUGGAAAACAUAAAAUUGCAUUAUUAAAGCAUAAACGUCGUCCUGGAAGCAAAAAAUAAUUCAGUUCUAACGCAUUUUACGCUAAAAAGUUUAUUGUACAGUGCAGAAACACUCGAUACACGAGGAGAAAAAGAGUCACUUUUUGGAUCAGAGGGUUGGAAAAAAGGGUCCAAAAAAAAAACGGCAUAGGAGAUUGGAUACUACGAUAUGACGUCAGAGGAUGAUGUAUGAUGCCUGAUUACCCUAAUUUUUUCUCUUAUACAGUGAAAACUUUCAAUGCAUUUUUGUCAUCCUUGUUUAAUAUCUCAACGAUUUUAUUUUACAUUUUUUUUUUAUAUUUGCUUUUUCUUUAAAAAAUAUUCUUUUAUAACCAGGUAUAAUAGACACGUGAAUGUAAAUAUUUAAAAAUACAGAAGGGAAAUAUAUUCUUUUUUACAGGCGUGUUUACUUUCAACUUAAGCUACUUUCCAUUGUUUAAGCAGACCAGAAAAAUAGCCAAUCGCUCUUCCUGUUUUCAACACAAUUAAAAUAAUGUUUACAUUAAAUUUUUGCAUUUUUUUUAACGUUAAGGGAGUUAAAAAUACAAUUUUAAAAAGGCAAAAAAAAAAUAGGUUGCAUUUUUAAGAUUUAAUUCGCGUAAUUAUCAACAGAUGGAAGCACGUGCAAAUUAAAUGCUUUAUAACAUCCACUAGGCGGCGCUAUGGAAGAUUUUAAUGCUUUACAGCGCCGCCUGGUGGUUGAUAAGUUAAAUUACAAUUUAAAAAGUAUAUUAUUAGCUUUUCAACGCUCCCUGGUAGUUGAUAAGUAAAACUACAAUUUUUUCUUAAAAGCGCU